GCUGGGCUGGCGCGGUGGCUCUGGGACUGGACUUUAGUGGUGUUUGGUGUGGUGCUCGCUGUCCUUUGGUGUCACUGGGUCGUGAAUUCCCUCAGCUGGGUGGUGAGAGCCCAUGGGUGUGUCCUAUUAGGAGUAGUCGUGGGGUGCAGUGUGGGCUUUUUGUGUGUGUUGAGGGUGCUUCCCUGGAAGCUAAUUCUGGGAGAAAUCCCUGCUGCCUCUGUAAAAGUUGUUGGAAAAAUCAGACGCACUGGAGCUGCUGACUGCCUUUGUACUAUUGAGUGAUAUGGUUAAAACUCUCUCUUUCCUCGUGGUGUGUGUGAAGCUGGUGUUAGUGCUAGGAGACCUGCACAUCCCACACCGAUGCAGUGGUCUGCCAGCGAAGUUCAAGAGCCUCCUGGUUCCGGGGAAAAUUCAGCAUAUUUUGUGCACAGGAAACCUCUGCACCAAGGAAAGCUAUGACUACCUCAGGACUUUGGCUGGGGACAUUCAUGUUGUUAAGGGGGACUCUGAGAGUCUGAAUUAUCCUGAACAGAAGGUUGUAACUGUUGGGCAAUUCAGAAUUGGGUUGAUUCAUGGCCAUCAAGUCAUUCCCUGGGGGGAUGUCGCAAGCUUGGCAUUGCUACGGAGGCAGCUGGAUGUAGACAUUCUUAUCUCAGGACACACACACAGAUUUGAAGCAUUUGAGCAUGAAAAUAAGUUCUACAUCAACCCGGGAUCAGCUACAGGAGCCUACACUGCUUUAGAAACGAACGUCAUUCCUUCAUUCGUACUGAUGGAUAUCCAGUCUUCCACAGUUGUAACUUAUGUAUACCAGCUAAUUGAGGACGAUGUGAAAGUAGAAAGAAUUGAGUUCAAGAAACACUGAUACGUGUUUGAAUCUGCUCACCAUCUCUCGUUCCUCCUCUUUUAGUUAAAGCUGAAUCCGGCCACGUGGGGGUGCUGCUGCAGCGGCGUGUUGGGUUGUAAAUCUGCAGCCACGUGAGCUUGUGAAGUUCACAAGUAGGGUUUAGAACAGGAGAAACUGAGUAAGAGAAAUGGGAGUAUAUUUAAAAAAAAAAAAAAGUGUGUGUAUAUAUAUCCUAUAUUUAAGAAGGAGGUGCUGUUGUUCCUGGCCUUGUGGAGUUGCAGCUAGUGGUUGCUUGGGACUGAACCUAUGUAAAAUGAGCAUAGAAUAAAAUGGUAUUUUCA